GUUAAGUAACGUGACAGGAGGCGCAAUACGUUGAUGCUGCUCAGCAGAGUAGCAGAAUAGACUUCCCCGAAUAUUUGUUUUCCCCCAAAGUAUUCACCAGCUACAAGGACACAGUUUGCGCUGCAGCAUUUUGACAGAACAGCCAGGACCCAGGCUGGAGGCAGAAAGUGAAGAAAAGCGGUCCUAUUUUAGCGAGUUGUUUUCCACACUCGCCGAACACCAUGGAGCCAUGUUUUAACUCAAGGAAGGCCCAGUUAGUGCAGCUGGCCAUCCAGAGAGAGAACUUCUCUAGAAGGAUCACUAAUGACUGGAAAGAUGUUAUCGUCACACAGCUCAGCAGAGACACAAAGCAGAGCCUUCAGCUAUUUUAAUGACAGGACCACUAUGUUCAGAAAAAGCUGCAGUCGUUCGAGGUCAGCUUUCCUUCCGCCCUGGUUGUCUGUGUACUUGUUAUGCACCGCAAGUCUCUGGAGCUCGGGUGUUCGAGGGAUGCAGGUGACGUCCACGGGCCCGCAGACUAUCCAAAAAGCCGAGGGAGAGAGCAUGACUUUGAGCUGCCGUUACACACAGAGCCCUUUUGACACUGGAGAACUUGACAUCGAAUGGUCUGUGGUCAGUCCAGACACCACGCAGAAAGAUCAGAUGCUCAUGUCCUUCACCAGCGGCACUAGAUACAUCCAUGGUGACCACGCUCUUGCAAAAGGACUAAGCUUUGUUGACCCUGACCCCUCAAUGGGUGACGCUUCGAUCUCAAUCGCUCUGCUGUCGCCUGCUCAUAGUGCUACCUACCAGUGUAAAGUGAAGAAAUCACCUGGAGUGGACAUGCGUAAGGUGUCACUGGUGGUAAUGGCAAAGCCGUCUGUGCCUAAGUGCUGGGUGGAGGGAGGGGAGCUGGUCGGCGAGGCUGUUUCUCUGCACUGCAAGUCUGCAACAGGCUCCACACCCUUAACACACACGUGGAGGAGAGAAAGUGGAGGCCCCUUCCCUGCUGCAGCCACACAGAGCAGCUUGACUGGGGAGCUGAAAAUUAGCAACCACUCGCAGAGCUUCGCAGGAUUUUACCUUUGUGAGGUGAACAAUGCUGUUGGAGCCGAACACUGCAGGAUCAACCUGAAGGCGAACAAACCUCCAAACAGAGCAGCGAUGAUAGUCGGCACCGUCGUGGGCUCUCUGCUCCUCAUCUUCAUCCUGCUGGUCUUCGUGGGGCUUCUAUACUGGAAGUUGAGCAACAGACAUCGCUUUGAGAAGGAGUUCUCGAAUGACAUAAGGGAGGACGCUCCGCCUCCUGAGAGCCGCCCAGUCAGUCGCCAUACGAGCCGGAGCGCCAUUCAGCACCCACAGGUUACUUACAGUCCGGUGGGCAGGACCGAGGUGAGCUCGUUCGAUGACGGACGCACGCACACUCCCUCCGGCAACAGCCAUGGACACACACCGGUCAAAUACACACCGGUCAAAUAUGACAGCAAGUAUGGAUACGCAGUGUGACAAUCAAAAAUCAUUGCUGCACUGACAGGCAUUUAGCUCUCAUUGUAAUGUCUCAAUAGACGCUUCUAGACAGUUUGGACACUUGAAACAAAGAAAAUCUGUAGCAGAAUGAGUCUUGCAGAGUCUAAUUAUUUCAAUUCUUAGCUGUGCAGUGUGAUGAUUUUAUAACAUUGUUCAUGUUAAUUACUUGAAGAUGAUCAUAUAAGAAGUUUUCUUCUUUUAUUACUAGAUAAUGUCGCAUUACCGUCUUUCAUUUUAGGAACUUUUAGGAGGAAGUUUGCGUGCUUGUAUCAGUAUAGAACAUUCAAAACUCAAUACACAAAAAUACAGCAACAAAAGGAUUCAGUCUCAAAUUUAAA